UCAAAAGUUUAGUAAAGCGCCGGCGCCAGAAUCGAUCGGAUGAUUCACAUGAAUAGAACCUUAGACAAGUACCGUACCAGGGUUUCCUUCCUGUGAUGAUUCAGUGAUUCUUGUGUUUCCAAACCACAUGGACCCAUUAGCACGGCGCGCGCGACCGCGUAUGCCAGUGCAAUAAUUGACUGAAGAGUUAGUGUAUUGAGUGUAUAAUGGAGUUAAAGUUGUAUUAUUUGGUGUUCACAUUUUAUUGGAACAUAUCGUCAGCAAUGCGAUGUUACGUAUGUGUUCCUGAAGAAACCUAUGAAGGAAUCAAGUUAUGCGAGAAUUUCGACUAUGGUGACCAGUUCCUGCGUGAAUGUGAACAUUCCAACAUGUGCUUUAAACGAGAGACCUCAUUAGACUUAGGAAACGGAAUGCCAACCAGAUCCAUAACAAGAGGUUGUGCUGCACAAACUCUGAGUGGAGAUCAGGAGAAAGUCAACGGAAAAUGGAGACACAAGGACACUAUUUACGACGUCUACGCAGAAGGUUGUGCCGAAGACCCGAAUAACAUAGACAGACCAACGAGGACUGUUAACUGUUACUGCCGCGGAAACCUUUGCAAUAAUUCGCUUAGGAAUCAAAUAGGCCUCAUUAUUUUACUACCAAUUGUUUUCUUAAUAAGCUAGUCUUGAUUAGUCAUAUAGCUUUCUUCAAGGCUUCUUGGAAUGGCUUCAAAGUUUUAAAUUAUGUCAGAUAAAUUUAUGAAUGUUAAACGCACAAUUUCAUAUAUCAUAAAUAUAUUUUAUUUUUCGUCCCUAUUUAAAUUGUUUAAUCUUAAUCUAAUUUAUCGAAUAUGUAAAGAAGUUAUAAUUUCAAGGAUAUUGUAGAUCUUCUAUGAAAAAAAAGAACCAUGAUUAAUAGAAAACGUUAUUAAAUUUCGAUUGUUUGUUUUUGAACCUUGUCAUUGAAAAAUAACUAGUCAUAAUAGAUAGAAAAGAUAAUAUAUACAUACUGCCAUAACGAUAUCAACAUUACGCUUAUUAAUAUGUGUAGUAGAAAUAUAAGAUAUUACUGAUUGUAAAAAUCAUUCCAAGUUAUAUUAUAAUUUUUUUUUAUAAAAUAGGGGGCAAACGGGCAGGAGACUCACCUGAUGUUAAGUGAUACCGCCGCCCAUGGACACUCUCAA